UGUGUUAAAUUGUGUUCUGGAGCCUGUAACAGUCUUCAGUUCGAGAUCAAUGGAAAAUGCUGUUAUAUGUGUAAACCAGGAUUUUUUGUAGGGAGGAACUGCACUGAAAACACACAGACUCGCUGUGUUCCCUGUGAAGAUUCAUGUUAUAGCAGUGAACCCAAUCACUACUCAGAGUGUAAGAAGUGUACAGUGUGUGAUUCUGGUUUAGGGUUGAGGGUAAAGACCUCCUGCACUGCAGUUUCAGAUUCAGUGUGUGAGGUUUUAGACGGACACUACUGUACUGACAGAACCGGAGAAAGCUGUUCACGAGCACUGAGACACGCCCCCUGCAGCCCGGGACAAUUUAUAGUGAACACAGGAACAGCAGAUAGAGAUACUGUAUGUUCUGGAUGUGCAGAAGGAACUUUCUCUAACGGAUCUCUACACACCUGCCAGACUCACUCACAGUGUGAAGAUCGAGGACUGAUUGUAAUAAAACCUGGAUCUAAUUCCUCUGAUGCUGAAUGUGGGAAUAAAUCCUCUCCUGCUCAGAUCGCUGGAGUUACUACUGUUCUUAUUGUUUUGGCUCUUGUAGCAGCAGCAGUAACUUUGUUUACAUUUAGAAAGAAAGAUGGGAUUCCCCAAAAUACAGCUGAGAAGGGUCACACACUCAGGAGUGAGUGGAGUGAAGAUAUAGAACAAGAGGAACCUGUAUCUUCCACAACAGUCACACCGAUUUUAAUGUAAAGCAGAGAAUCGUCUCAUCCUCCUCUAAGUAAAAUCUGGAAACGGGAACAAGGCAUCACAUGAGGUGAUAAACAGGUGAGGCAUCAGUAAGAAUCAGUCCAGGUAAAACUGUUUAAACUCAGAACGUUUAUUAUUGUACAGCAGGAAAGAGCUUUACAGCUAAAUUACAACCAACACUGAAAACUGAUCAACAGCAAGCAUCAACACCAAGAGUUAUAAAAGCACUGAGGAUCCAUUCUCACACUUUAUUAUAAAAUAAUUGGUCUCCUCCAGCAAACAAAAGCUUACACCUUUUUAUAGACUUUAAUGUUAAUUUGUUCAUUUGUCAGCUCGUUCUCAAAGUGUGAACCUAAAUAAAGUGCUACCAGAAUAGACAAUGUUCAACACUGAUGCACCUCAAAGUUUUAGAUUAUUUGACUCUGUUUUUCAUCUAUUUAAAUAUGCUGAUGAUUUGGCACUCCUUGGUUUAUUGAAGGUAAAGAAAUAAAGUUGUGCAGAGAGACAGUACCUGAAACACAGUCAGAGCUCUCCAGAACCGUCAUUUUGAGAUUAAUGACUAAAAAAUGAAGGAGAGGAUUUUCAUAAGUAGAGAGCACACUAUUUAUCUAGUUAUCAUUUGUACCAAAUGCAGUAGAAAUUAUGAAUCAUUAUAAAUUAAGUGUGUAAUUCAUUAUUUCAUUUUUUAGACAUGUUAUUUGUUGUAGAUGUCUUAAUGCAAUUAGACCAAAAACUAAUUUAUUGUGGACAAUAAACAUGUUCUAUAACGGGGUUCGGCAGUAGGUGACCGUGGCCCAGAUGAGGGCCGCAAGCAUGAAACAUCUGGCCUGUGAGGUUAUUUAAACUAUAAUGAACAACAAUGAAAAAUAUAAAUAAUAAAAUGCUCCUCUGGUGAGCUUUUGUUUAUAUUCCUCCCCCUCUCUGUCUCUCUGUCGCGCUCAGCGUGACUUUAGUUUCUGCCUGUUCUCAAUUUUCUACCCGUUCUUGGGCUCCCUAUCUUCUUAUAAGGGCGUUUUUUCCCGGUCGUGUCCCAAUUCAUUAGCCGGGACAGCGGUAGUGUAUUAGAGCGCGACCCUGACGACUCGAGUUUGAUCCUGUGUGAGGAGCGGUUUGUUUAUUUAUUUAUUUAUUCCUUUAUUCUUGGGUUUACCUGCAUCAUUUUCCAAAAACUGUUCUCAUUGUAUUACUUAUUGCACUUUUCCACCAAAAGAACUUUGGUUCUUGAACCAGUUCUGUUCAGACUUGUUCUACAAAUAAAGUUGAGUUGAGUUGAGUUCUGGAAUAUGGAUUCAUCUUCAGCAUGAACUCUCUAACUCUGCAAUGUAGCAUCUGCAGAGGGUGGUGAAGGCUGCACAGAGGAUUGUUGGAGUCAGCCUCCCCAGCACCACAGACAUUUACACCUCCAGAUGCAGGAAAAGGGCCACCUGCAUCAGGAAGGAUCCCACCCAUCCAGCACACGCACUUCCUGUCCCGCCCUCCUCAGGCCGGAGGCUGCGGAGCAUUAAGUGCAAAACAACAAGACUCAGAAACAGCUUCAUUCCGGAAGCUGUAAGACUCUUAAACUCCACUUAACAAACACACUGCACUGACACCAAGGACAAAUUACUGUUUACAAACACUGUCACUUUAAACCACACUAACACACCUCAUGAACCACAUGUGAUGCGAAUGACAAUAAAAUCUCCUUGAAUCCUUGAA